UAUUGGUGCGAAUACAGUUCUGGAGGCGCCUGUCGUCUUCGUUGCCGGUACAACCAUAACGCCACCCGCCCUAAAACGCCCGAGACGGGAAACGGUGGACUCAUCCCCGCCACCCGCUCCUCGUAUCACCGUCGCAACUACUGCUUCAACCGACGGUGGUAAUCCUCCUGCUGGAUCAUCAAACGACUUAUCCUGCAUCAUGGACGCACCACUAUCACAGAGCAUGGACUCAGUCAACACUGUAGCAUGCUCCAAUGGCGAGGAUGAGGUCCGCACCUUGUUCGUCAGCGGUUUGCCAAUGGACGCCAAACCAAGAGAACUUUAUCUUCUAUUCAGAGCAUAUGAGGGGUAUGAAAACUCUUUGCUUAAAGUUACGAGUAAAAAUGGAAAAACGGCUUCGCCGGUGGGCUUUGUAACCUUUCAUACUAGGGCAGGCGCUGAAGCAGCAAAACAAGAUUUGCAGCAGGGGGUUAAAUUUGAUCCUGAUAUGCCACAAACCAUUCGUUUGGAAUUUGCAAAAAGUAACACAAAGGUUAGCAAACCCAAGCAACCAGCCGCUGCAGCAGCCACCUCGCACCCCGCUCUGAUGCACCCUCUAACCGGACACAUAGGAAAUCCAUUUUUUCCAAGUGCACCAGAACUAUGGCAUCAUCCAUUGGCAUACUCAGCAGCUGGUGAACUACAAGGAACACUUCAACAUGCAACACUUGUUCAUCCAGCAUUACAUCCUCAGGUUCCUGCACCAAUGUCUCUACCACACCCAACGACAUUGACAUCAAUACAUGCAUCUUUACCACAUUUUUUACCAUCACCAGCAUUAGCUUCUCCAGUUGGCUCAUCAUCAUCUCAACCAAGUUUAGCUGUUAGUAAUGCUCCAUGCUCAACUCUUUUUGUCGCAAAUCUUGGGCAAUUUGUUUCCGAGCAUGAAUUAACUGAGAUCUUUAAUAGUUUUUCUGGUUUCUGUCGGCUUCGUAUGCACACAAAGGGCGGCUCACCUGUGGCCUUUGUUGAAUUUCAAGACGUUCGCUAUGCAGCCCAAGCGAUGGCUGCUCUCCAAGGAUCCUUACUCCUCUCCUCUGAUCGGGGACCGAUACGAAUUGAAUAUGCAAAGUCAAAAAUGGCCGAGGUGGGGUUUACAAACCUCUGGAUUGAAGGAUCUAAGGGAGAAAAAAAUGGACAACCUUAAAAUUGACAUAAAUGGAAUAUAAAGACGACUUAUAUACCUAUCAGAGAGAUUCUUUCAAGUUGUUGCCAGCAAAUUAGGCCUAUGCAAAAAUAUUCAUUGCAUAUAUGAUAGAAUCUUAGAAUAAACCAAUAGUUUCAAAUAAAUUUAAAAGCAAGAAAUUUUGUAUCUUAUAAAUCGAAGCUACUCUUGGUUCCCCUAACUACAGCGCUUAUAGAAGAAGAAGAAGAAGAAGAAGAAAAAAAAAAAUGAAAACUUAUAACAAUACUGAAACUCUCAUCACAAAGGUGUGUGUUAUAUGUGUAAGUCAGGGCAAUAAUUUAGUUAUUAUUAUUUUUUUUAUAUUGUAUACGUAUACUGCUUAGCAAGAUAAAUCAAUCAGAUUAUUAACGUAAGCACAUUUAACUGAUAGACUAUUUCCAUAGAAAAAAAAAAAAAUAUUUGUUAUUGAUUAAUUUAUAUAUUUUUUUUUCUAUCACACUAUGGAAAUUUAAUAAAUUAAAUCUUUUAGGAAAAAUUGUUAGCUUGAAAUUUUAGGAAAUUAUUAUUAUUAUUAUUAUUGUUAUUGAUGUUAUAUAAUUUAUAGCAUCCAAUACUAUUAUAAAUAUUUAUUUAGAUUAUAAAAAAAAAUGAUCUUAAAAAUAGUUAAAUUAAAUAUGCUUAAUUUACUUGAAAUAAUCACUUGUAUAUAUCUUAUACAAAAAUUAGGAAAAAAAUUGGUCUAUCAGUUGACCCUGCAGACCAGCCUCAAACUUCCCGCUGUUUUCGAGUUCCUUGAGCUCAAAAAUACUUUUGUAUGCUUUUGUUUUCGAAAAAAAAAAAACGUUUUUUACCAUUUUUUCUUUAACAAUAUCUCUCGAACGAAUUAAUAGAUUGAGACGGUUGAGGUGGGAAUCAACGCGUUUUACUGAGUUCUAAAGCUAAUCAGAUGUUGAAAUUGAUUUAUCAAGUCGUUUUUGAAAAAUUUUAAAAAAACUAAAAAAAAAAAUUUUAUUUAAUUCUUUCGUUAACGGUUUCUCUUGAACGAAUCAACCGAUUUUGAUGGUUGAGGUGACAUUCGAUGAGGCUUAUGAACUUUUAGAACCGAUCAGAUUUUGGAAUUAAUCCAUCGAGCACAUUGAAAGUUAUCCAAAGAAAAAAUUUUUGAAAAAAUUUUAUUUUUGGACUAUCUUUGAACGCACCCUACUGAUCGAGCUCAAAUUUUCACAGCUUGUAGAAAUUAACAAGCCGCAUCGAACGCCAUCUUCAUGAUCAAAAUCGGUUCACCCGUUAAAAAGACAGAUAUUUACAUACACUCGGACAUGAUCUUGGAAUUAC